GCACACACGACGCUGGUGGGGCUCCGCUUUCGUUUGCACACGCUAUAAAGCCCCGCUAAUUGUCUACGCGGCGAACAGUCAGUGCGUGCCCCUUUUUAAACGACGAUGUAGCGCGGCGUCCGAAAAAUCGAGGAUCUCGUGCACCCAAGAUCAUUGUGACGGUCGAGAUCGAGCACGUGUCCUGGAUUUGGAUCACAGGAUCACGAGAGUCGUUGCGAUCCGCGAUUUUUUUUUGUUAUUUUUCCCGUUUUCGUUUUAUCCUGUUGAAACAGUGAAAAGACAUCCGGAAGAAGAAAAAGAAGAAGAAGAAGAAAAGAGUAAAGUUUGUUCGAAAUCGACUUGUCGAGUCGGACAAAAGUGAAGAAGCUAGAUUUCAUUUUAUUUCUGUGACUUCUGCAGAGAGUUUCUCGUUUUAGAAACAAAACCACGACGAGAUCUGUGAUACGCCGAGUGAAGUUUCGCGUUGCUCUCGGACGAUCGUGGGAAAGAGAUCGAGAUAAUGACAGUCAUGGUGGAGUCUGUAAAAGCCGAGGAGGGCGAACGUCCGAAGAUCGAAACCUUCGACGACAUACUACCGUACGUUGGCGAGGCCAGCCGCUACCAAUGGUUCCUUUUCAUCAUGCUCCUACCCUUCACCUUCGUCUACGCGUUCCUCUACUUCACGCAAUUCUUCAUCACGCUAUUGCCAGCUGAACACUGGUGUACCGUUCCGGAACUCGAACGAUGGAACCUCACAGACAAACAAAAGAUUGCACUAUCGAUCCCUCCAGCGUCGAGUGAGGAAUUGCUGGCGGAAGGUGCGACUUCGUUUUCACGAUGUAACAUGUACAAUGUGAACUAUACCGACAUAUUGGAGAGUGGUAUCAGAGAGGCAGACCCAUCCUGGCCAAUAAAACCAUGCCAAUAUGGAUGGACCUUUAAUCACACGAUGAUACCAUACAAAUCUAUAGCUGUCGAGCUGGAAUGGGUAUGUGACCAUGCGUUCCUCGGUUCAGCAGCACAAUCGGCCUUCUUCGUCGGCAGCAUUCUUGGAGGCUUAAUAUUCGGUUAUAUAGCCGACCAUUGUGGCAGAAUUCCGGCGUUGGUUGCGUGUAACGCGGUUGGUUUCAUCGCGUCUGUUGGCACUGCGUUUUGCAACAGCUUCUGGAGUUUCUGUCUGGCGAGAUUGGUCGUCGGUACCUCGUUCGAUAACUGCUUCAACGUGCUUUUCAUUAUCGUGAUCGAAUAUGUUGGUCCGAAAUAUCGAACUCUGGUAGCGAACAUGUCGUUUGGACUUUAUUUCGCGGCAGCCUCGAGUCUUUUGCCUUGGAUCGCAUAUUGGAUCUCAAAUUGGAGGAUCCUCAGCAUGGUCACCGCGUGUCCUAUGGUGGUUGCGUUUGUAGGACCAUGGAUUGUUCCUGAAAGUGCACGUUGGUACAUAACCAGUGGCAGGGUGGACAAAGCGAUCGAGAUGCUGAAAAACUUCGCUAAAGUGAACGGUAAAGAGGUAAAGCAAGAAAUAUUCGACGAAUUUGAGAGAAGUUGCAAGGCGAUGAAUGAGAAGGAUCAAUCGCAUAAUCAAUACACUGUCCUACAUCUCUUCAAGCUGCCACGACUUGGUCGUAUCACUAUAAUGCUCAUCAUUUAUUGGUUGCUGAUGGUGUGGGUGUUCGACGGCCAUGUUUGGAACAUGAAACUUCUAGACCCAGACGUUUUCACGUCGUUCUCUUUAGCGUCCCUCACGGAACUUCCGGCCGCUGUUCUACUCGCCCUUUUCCUCGACAGAUGGGGUAGACGAUGGAUGGGUUUCGCAUCAAUGUUCCUCUGUGGCAUUUUCUCCUUCGUUGCCAUCGCCACCCCUUCUGGUUCGACAACGGUUGCCAUGGCGAUUAUAGCGCGUCUUGGGGUGAAUAUUGCCGCGAAUAUUGGUUUCCAAUAUGCAGCGGAAAUGCUACCGACUGUGGUGAGAGCUCAGGGCGUGUCUUUGAUCCAUAUCAUCGGUUAUAUUGCCCACAUUUUGGGACCUUACAUUAUUUAUCUGGCUGACAUUGAUCCAUCUUUACCGCUGGUUGCCCUCGGUUUGCUGUCUUUUGGACACGCCUUCCUGACCCUUGGCUUGCCAGAAACGUUGAACCAGGAAUUACCAGAAACCCUACAGGAGGGUAACGACUUCGGCAAGGAACAAAGUUUCUGGUGGGUUCCGUGUAUAUCCUCGAGCAAAAUGCUGAAGAAAUCUUAUAGGAAGAAGAAAGGCCUUUCGAAUCCAGCGUUUACUGGCAGUGUACAAAAAAUGGACUGUACUAGGUUAUAGCGGUUAGAUUUGGCGGUGGGGUGAAACUUGCCAAAUUCGUUGUAAAUAUAGUUAUUAAACGUGCGCGUGUGAUGUUAGAUGUUAACGUAUUUACGAACGUAUUGAGAUUGGAGGGCUGUUGAGAGAAACUAGGAGGAAGUAUCGAUUAUUGCAGUGAAAGAGACAAGAAUCGUCAAAUUACACAAGGUAUACGUUUAAGCAAUUAAUUGGCACUUCAUCGACGAAAUGCUAGCUUUGUUGCACACAAAAUAAUUUUCUUUAAAGUGUAUCUUUUUUUAAUUGGAAUGACUGUAUAAAAAUGUGAAGAAAUUUAAAGAAUUAAAAACACGGCAUUUAAAGUACGUUUAAAGUUGCGUUCACAUAUUGCGAUGUAAUUAUUUUGCGUAAUAUACCGUCGGUAAAGUAUUGGAAAUGAGAAACGAUUCAAGUAUCUUAUGUAAAUAUACAAUUAAAUUCAGUAUUGGAUAUACGUAUUAAAGGAAGCGAUAUAUAAGGAAAUAAUAUACCAUAGUAUUUAUGCAUCUUUCGCUUUAAAAAUCGAAAAGAAAGAUCUAUAUCUUUUUUUCUUGCUCUUUUUUCUCUUUCCUCGUUAAAAGAAUACUCUAGUUGAAUUGAUUUAACUAUGAAAUACUGUGAAUAAAAAAGGAUUGCCACGAGACUCGAAACACAAAAAGAGAGCUGUCACAAGAGCGCAUUGUCAAGCUUUCAACUUGUUUCUUUUAUUACGUAUCGCCUUUGUAUCAAUAUAGGUGAUUCAUAAAUCGCCGACACUUGAAAUGAGAGUUUCGAUCGACUUUUAAACCGAAGUGUAUUUUGCGUUCGCUCGAUUAACGUGGCUUUUUUUUCAUCUAUUUAUACAUCAACACGUUGAAUGCUUUGAGAACUCUGAGAUCUUUGUUAUUUGAUUUAAACAUAUACAUAUAUAUAUAUAUAUAUAUAUUAUUCUAGUGAAACAUUGAAAUUCUUUUAUGAUAUUUUCUUUUUUAUGAUCUUUCAGUAUUAAUACGAGAAAUAUCUCUAUUUGAUAUAUUUAGAUAUAAUAAGAAUAUUACUUCUAAUAAGUAUCCUUGAAUCUGUAAUUACUGAUCAUUCAUAAAAUGGAAUGCAUUAAAACAAUUAAUUGCUAAGCGUUCAUUAGCUACCAUCAUACCCAAUUGAGAUUAUAAAAUGAAAGUUGUAGGAUCUUUUUAAGCAGGAAUUUUUUUUAAUACAAAGGAUAUUAACAUAAUGUUCGACAUUCUUGCGAAAUUGUUCCGUUUAAAUCGAAUGGAAAAAGCAGUAAAUAAUUUAUAGAAUUAUAUACAAAUUUUAGAAGAAAAAUUGAUAGAUAAUGAAUUAAUUUUGAAAAUGCUCAGGUUUAAAUGUUACUUGAAACAGAUCGAAACUCCGUCACGUGUUCAAUUAGAAAUAGCAAAAUUCUGAUUCGUGAAGAGACGCGAAUAUCUAUUUCCAAUCUCGUUUCUUUCGAUCCUCCGACCUAUUCGUCUUAAGCGCACAAUCUCCGUUAUACCGGAGAUAUAUACGUUUAAACAAUGAUUCUAGCAACUAGAAUCAUUCGAUCGUUAGAAUCAUUCGCGUACUUAUGAGACUAGCCCUUGCUUUCAGUUACCGAUUAAAAAGACAUACUAUUGUUCGUUGCAAGUAUCAGCUAUCGUUCCUCAAAACCUGAGAUUCUUUGAAAUAUUCCUAUGCUAGAGAUUCAACUGUACAUAAUUGUUCAAGGCUAUAAGUUAGUUCGAUCCUCGUGAUGCAAUGGAUAAUAAUUCGAUCGUCUGGAAAAUAAUUCUGGA